AUGAAUUUCCUAAGUCGUCUGACAUUACUGUUAUUCUCGUUCCAUUUAACAGCAACGACAAAGGGCUCGUCUGGUCCUAUUGAUGACGUUAACGCUGGAGAUGGCGAGCUUGAGCGCCACAUCAAAAUCAUGAACGGACAGGCAAGGCAAAUUCGAGACUACCCCUAUAUGGUCUCGAUCCAGCGCCCUAAUCCUCGUGCUCCGAAUGUUUCGUCUCAAGCUCAUCACUGUGGCGGGUCUCUGAUCGGCCUGGAAUGGGUGCUUUCGGCGGCGCAUUGCUUUUUCCAUCCAAACGGGAAACGCGAAGACGCCAGCCUAUGGCGAGUGAUGGUGGGCAGCACCUUCUGGAAACUUGGCGGACCAAACGAUACACUUGGGCAAACGAGGUUUAUCAAAGAAGUGCACAUUGCGCCAAACUACGAGUUGGAAGGUGAUGAGGACGUUGCGUUGGUUCGGCUGGAAAGCCCGGUGACUCUGAACGCUAACGUUCACCCAAUCGAAUUGUGGACGAAAAUCGAGCACAGUCAGAUGCAGAAGGGUGAUUCUGGAGGCCCGAUUGCCGCAAAAUUGUCGAAACAAGGCGUGGAACGCUGGGUACAAGUGUCCAUGGUAAACUACGGAAUGGCCUGCGACCCGGGCUAUCCUCCUCGGGAAACCCAGGGAAUGCAAGUGAGCCGUUUCUGUGAUUGGAUCGCGCAACAGACGUCAAUCACUCUGUGUCUGGCACCUGGAGCU